AUGGCGCCACUGCUCAUACAGUCGAAGUCCAAAACAAACCUAACAACACCCUGGCAGAUAUCCGCUGCGGGCACGGGCUUGCCAGCUGUCUCUCCUCGUCCUGCUGUUCUUGGGCUGGCUAUUGUGGAUAUUCCGCCGCUCACUGCGUCGCAUAUUGCCAGUGACAAUCUUCGGCGUGUUCGACGUGACCACUUCCGCCCCAAAAAUCGUGGCAGACGGGUCUAUGACUGCACGCAGCGCAACACUAUCACUUUGACCUUUGACGACGGGCCAUCAGCGCAGACCGGGCCCCUUCUUGACCUGUUGCAUCAGGAGGGGUUCAGGGCCACCUUUUUUGUCAAUGGAGAACAUGGAACCUCGCCGAGCAUUCUGCGACGCGGUAUUGAUCAAGUACACCAGCUUGCGUCUCACACAUGGGGCCACCUCGAGAACCUGGAUCUCGAGUCAUCAGAGUCCAUGAAUCAACAGGUGAUGUGGAACAAGAUCAUGUAUAGAGACAUUCUGGGCUUUUUUCCCACCUACAUGCGUUCAUCGCACAGCAAAUGUGACGGCGCCUGUCUCGCACAGAUGGGAGGCCUGGGCUACAUUGUAGUCAUGUGGAAUCUCGACACCGAGGACUGGAAGAAUCACCCUGCUUCGAACAUCUAG